AUGACUAUUGUGCGUGUUUUACUAGCAGUUGUUGCUGUUAAAGUCUAUGUUGAUGAUAUUGUCUUGGCAGACACUUCCAUUGAAGAGAUAAAGUACAUCAAACUAUUUCUUGAUCAACAGUUUAAGAUCAAAGACCUUGACACUAGUUUUCUUAGUUUUAAGCCUGCUAGAGUGCCACUUGAUCCUUCCACAAAAUUGUCUGCCACUGAUGAUGUUCCCUUUGAUGAUCCAUCUGGCUAUGAAAGACUCAUUGGUAGGCUCAUUUACUUGACUCACACAAGGCCAAACAUUUCUCUUGUUGUUCAACACCUUAGUCAAUAUGUUUCCACACCCUUAGUGUCUCAUUAUCAAGCUGCUACCCGAAUUUUAAGAUACUUGAAAUCAUGUCCUGCCAAGGGAGUCUUAUUCUCUUGUCAAAGUCUUUUACAACUUCAUGGUUUUGUCGAUUCUGAUUGGGCUUGUUGUCCCAACACUAGGAGAUAUAUAACUGGAUACUAUGUCUUGUUAGGUAGCUCUCUCAUUUCUUGGAAGUCUAAGAAACAAAAUAUUGUUUCUCGUUCAUCUACUGAGACGGAGUAUCAUGCAUUAGCUUCUUUGACGUGUGAGUUAUAA